AUGACGUCGCGUAACGUUGAGCCGUCGCGGCAAUCGUUUCCGGUUUCCAUCUCUAGCGCCCCUCCGUCCAUCGAUCCUCGUCCGUCCAUCGAUUCGCGGCCGAUCGGUUCCCUGAUUCCAGACGAGGAAGAUGACGUGGCGCCGUGGAAGUUAGACGAUGACGAAUCACACGAUUUAGAGCCACAAGUUUCCGACACAGGAGGGGGACGGAUCGCCGCACGAACGGCGCAGAUCACCGAAGGAGCGCGGCGGAUCGCCGCAGGCAGCGGGGGAGGCGACGAGCAGAGCGGCGAAGUCCUCCGCAGAAAGCUUAUUUCGGUUGACGCGCGCGAGGGUGCCUUUCCGCCGCGCAGGAGGCUGGGUGCGGGCGAUCUGCGGGGGGGGGGCUUUUCGCGGCGGAAGCGGUGGAAGGAGCGGCUGGUGCGCAAGCUGGGUCCGGGGAAGAACAAUCUCCGCGAGUACCUCCGCGCGGAGGGCUCCCUGCGGUCCGAGAAUCUAACUACACGAUACCUAAUGGAGUCGCUACACCACGUGUUCUUAGACUAUCACAACCAGUCCCACCAGCAGACGGAGGAUAUGCAUAUUAGGUGCAAAGGCGGCGAGUGCCCGGAUUUCCAGCAGUGCUCGGGGAAUUUCACCUCUGUAGACGCGUGCCACUGCCCGGAUAUGGAAGAUUUGAGCCGGCGGGCAGCUUUACCGCCGCUGAACUGCCCGCGAAUAAAGAAAGUUAUGGUGGAUUCGCCGUUAAAUAUCAAGCCAGUGAAGAUAUUGUUUGAUCCGAACUGCUCUCACGCGGAGGAUGAUAUUCCGCAUUUUGCGUGGGUGAGCCAGAUGUUCAACCUGCGCCACGUGUACUUCAACUCGCGCGGACAGGCGUUUAAUGAUUCGUUCCUCUACGAUAGAAAUGGCUGCGGCAGCGAACACAAGUUCGACAUCCCAGAAGGUACCAGAGUCACGGUGUACGAUAGAAUCAUAAACCUGGCGCAUUGGAACGCGUACCAGUUCUACCACGGCAUUCUCGAGCUCGUGCCCGUCUUCUUCAUGCUCUCCAAGGCGCCGCACCUGCUGCGCGCGCUGCCCAUCGCCGUGCAGUACCUGCAGAUGGACUUUUUGGAAAAACUCGGAACCUUUUUCAUUGGGAUGGAGAUGGUUCACAUGGACCUGAGGGUGGUUCCGGACGACGAGGUGUUCUUCGCUCAUCAGGUGCUGCAGCCCUAUUACCAGUGGUGCGGGCGGCCCAGUCGCUCCCUCUGGCGUCACUUCCGUCGGCUGUAUCUGCUGCCACCUGAUGGCCUCCCCAUGUUCCUCCCUGAUUGGGCCCCUCGCGUCAACAGCGCCAUGCAGUCAUACUCCAUCGGCUUCCCAGGUGCGCCUGCGGACUGGGUGGUGGUGCUGGCACAGCGAUACAACACGCGGGCACUGGAGCAGCAUGGGGAGGUGGAGGAGCUGCUGUGCACUCUCUUCCCUCGAGAGCGGGUGGUGGUGUUUGACGGCAGCCUGCGCAUUGCUGAUGGUGAGAGGGGGAAAGGAAGGGAAUCUUGCUCCCCUGUGAUUAUGAUGGGAUAUGGUGGCACUGCAGCAGCACGGGGAGGUGGAGCUGCUGUGCUCUCUGUUCCCGAGAGAGCGUUGCAUGCGCGCAUUAUGUCACUGCAGCAGCGAGGGCAGGUGGAGGGGCUGCUGUGCUCUCUGUUCCCUUGGGAGUGGGUGGUGGUGUUUGAAGGCAGUCUGCGCAUUGCUGAUGCCAAUUUCCCUACCCUGCAUGCAGCCAAUUUCCCUACCCUGCAUGCAGCCAAUUUCCCUACCCUGCAUGCAGCCAAGGCGCUCUUCCGUCGACCCGUGCUGUUCGUGGCAGCGCACGGGGCAGCGAUCACCAACGCCAUCUUCAUGCCGUUCAAGUUGGUCCUGCUUGAACUGCGCCCCAGGGACUUCCACAAGGCGUGCACAGAGGUGCAGGGAGCAGUGUCUCUCGCACUCGCCCACACCAUCUCCUCUCCACGGCAGCGCCCCUUGCAACAUACCAGUGCCUUCAGCAACAUUCCACCCUCUUCUUCCUCCCAAUCCCCUCCAUUAUUCACCACCUUGCAGCCAAGGCUCUGUUCAAUCGGGCUGUGCUCUUUGUUGCCGCACAUGGGGCAGCGAUCACCAAUGCCAUCUUCAUGCCGUUCAAUCAAGUCACCCCCCUCCUAUCUCCCCUCUUCUUCCUGCCAACCCCCUCCUAUCGCCCCCACCUCUCUUGCAGCCAAGGCCCUCUUUAAUCGAGCCGUGCUGUUUGUUGCCGCACAUGGGGCGGCGAUCACCAACGCCAUCUUCAUGCCGUUCAAGUCGGUCCUGCUUGAACUGCGCCCCAGGGACUUCCACAAGGCGUGCUACCACCACCUGGCCGAGGUGUGCGACCUGCAAUACUUGCUGCUGCUGUGUGAGGGAGCCAAGGACACGCCUCUUUCGUGUGAUAUGGGUGAAGUGAGGAGGGUAUUAGAGGAGGUGCAAGGGCGUGUGGAUAAAGUGCUGGAAGAAGGGCCGGAGGUGCAGCUGGAGGAGGAGGAGGAGGAGGAAGGGCAGCGUUGA